AAAGCUACUUUAAAUUCCUUUACAGACCUGAAUUGUCUCCAAUUUUUUCAAGGUGCGCUCUUUCCUAAAUUCUUUAGCUUUUACUUCUGACAGUUAUCCUAGUUGGGCUUAUUAUGCAAGCCGCAUUUCAGCAAGCAAAGAGCGAAAGUCCAGUAGACCGUGAUCAUUGGAGCUCAGUGAUGUGACUGCAGGUAUUCAGGACAGGGGUCACUUGCAACGAAUUAAACAUAGCCGGUGAACACAUUAUCUGCAGCGGCCUGAGAAAGUCAAAGCUUAUACCAAUGCCGAGAUGCAGGUGUGGAUUCUUGUGCUGACACUUACAGGAGUCUUUGUCGGGCUGGUCUUCAUAAUCGUUGCUCUUUGGAAGCUUUUGGGAGGAUGGGCUCGUAUCAACUCCUGGGUUAAAGGCGAUCGAGAAGAAACGGCUCAAUUAACAAAAAAUGGACAUUUUGGAGCCAAUGGAUACAUUUUGAGCUCUGAAUCGGAUAUUGCACUUGACUUGAGCGGCAAUUAUAAACAUUACGACAAUGUGGGCAAUGACUUGAAAUUGGUCACUACUGUGGAAAGCAAGGAGACUUCGAAUCACAUCAUUUCUACGCCUUCACCUACGAAGCCCAAUGGAGCUGCGCCACAAAAAGAUCUUCCUGAAGAACGGGAUCAAGAAGAAAUAUUAUUUUUUGAAAAAUCGAAUACACCCACUCUGAAAAGAGCCAUUUCCUGUGAUAGUAUCACAUCUAAUUCAUCAGUAGCAGCAGAUGCUCUCGAAUCACCCCAUCAUUGUGGAGAACUAGAAUUAGGAUUAGAGUACGAUACGUAA